AUGCGCGCACUCUCUGCUCCUCCUCCUCCCCCUCUCGUCGCGGUCCACGCGGGGAGCACCACGACGACGAAGACGUUACGUUCGAGACGUUUUUUAAACAGAGAUGGUCGUUUUUACGACAACAACGACACCAACACCAACAAAGACAAAGACAACAACCGGCGACGACUGCGGCGAGUAAAAGCAACUUCGAAUAACAACAACAACAACAACGACGACCCGGAAGAGAAGAAAAAACCAUCCUUUGGCGGCGGCACGGAUUCAAACGGCCGCAUGCACGUUCCCACGGACGCGUUUGGCGGGAUGAGCCCUGAAUUUAAAGCCGCUUCGGCGUUGAAAACGCUGUUCACCAUGGUGGCGGUCAGAAUCGUCUUGGCGCAAGAGGAAGGGUACGAUAACGAAGGCGGAGGCGGGACGCCGACGUCAAUCGCGCUCGGGAAGUUUCUGGAGGAAAAUCCGUUGAGAGAUGGGAACGAGUGGCUGCAGAAGAUGUUAGAGUGCGAACAGACGGAGCUAAGGUUGAUUGCUUUGAGGUUGAUCGAGGUGAGGAGAGCGUACGCGGAGAGUCAGUUUGAUUUUAACGAAGUGAGGAACACGGCGAGACUUGAAAUCGAGAAGGAUAACGACAAGCUGAUGGUUGACUACAUGAAACAGAGUUUAAGCGCGGAAUAA